AGCUCUUUCGCUCCAAAAACCCUAGACCAGCACCUUCGUUUCCAAAACCCUAGAGACCUUCACCUUCGUAUUCAAUGGUGGCGCGGGCUACCCACUCCCUGAAGAGGAGCUAUCGAUGCGUGCAGUCAUUGCAGCAGUUCUACAGCGGUGGACCCUUCGCCAUCUCCCCGGAUGGUUCUUUCCUCGCUUGUGGCUGCGGGGAAGAGAUCAAGAUCGUCGAUUCCUCCACAGCCGCUGUGCGGAGAACCCUUGAAGGUGACUCAGAGGCUGUGACGGCUAUCACAAUUAGCUCUGAUGGCCGUCUUCUCUACUCUGCUGGUCAUAGCCGGCUUAUCAGGGUCUGGGAUAUCCCCUCUUGGAAAUGCCUCCGAUCUUGGAAGGGGCAUGAUGGUCCAGUGAUGGGUAUGGCAUGCCAUGCUUCGGGUGGAUUGCUUGCUACAGCAGGUGCAGAUAAAAGAGUCUGUGUUUGGGAUGUGGAUGGUGGCUUUUGCACUCAUUUCUUUAAAGGCCACGAGGGGGUUGUGACAAAUGUCAUGUUCCACAAUGAUCCAAAUAAUUUACUUCUAUUUUCAGGAAGUGAUGAUGCGUGUGUCCGGAUUUGGAACCUUCAAAGCAAGAAGUGUGUUACUGUUUUAAAGGAACAUUUCUCGCCAGUGACUUCUUUGGCAUUAUCUGAAGAUGGAAAUACCUUGCUUAGUGCUAGCAGAGACAAGGUGGUGAAUGUUUGGGAUCUGCACGAUUAUAGCUUGAAGACGGUACCGACAUAUGAGAUGGUUGAAAGCAUUUGCGUUAUUCCUGCUGGGACCUGCUUUUCUACACUUGUGAGUAAUCUAUCAACACGGAAGAGGAAAAGCAAAACUUCAAUACCAAUUCAUUUUCUAACAGUUGGUGAACGUGGAGUUGUACGCAUAUGGAGCUCUGAAGGUGCAGUUUGCUUAUAUGAGCAACGAUCUUCAGAUGAAACUCCUAGCUCCGAUGAGUCUAGGAGAGGGUUCAGAUCAGCUGUUAUGCUACCCUCUGAUCAAGGACUUAUCUGCGUUACUGCUGACCAACAAUUUCUAUUUUAUUCUGCUAUGAAAUCUUCUGAAGAGACAUCUCAGUUGAACCUUUAUAGAAGGCUUGUUGGUUACAAUGAAGAGGUUCUUGAUAUGAGGUUCUUGGGAGAGGAGGAACAAUACCUUGCUGUUGCUACCAAUCAGGAACAGGUUCGUGUCUAUGAGGUGUCGUCAAUGUCUUGUUCUUAUGUAUUGGCGGGGCAUACAGAUACUGUAGUGUGCCUUGAUUCAUGCAUCUCAAGUCUUGGUAGUGCACUUUUGGUUACUGGAAGCAAGGACAAUACUGUGAGAGUGUGGGAUGUUGAGAGCAAAAAUUGCAUAGGAAUUGGUAAAAACAAUAUGGGAGCUGUUGGUGCUGUUGCAUUCUCAAGGAAGCAUAGAAAUUUUUUUGUCAGUGGCAGUUGUGAGCGUAUGAUUAGGGUGUGGAGCCUUGAUGGUGUAUCAGAUGCGUAUCAUGAGAGUACCCUUAAAGUUAAAGCUUUUGUUGCUGCACAUGACAAAGACAUAAACUCUUUAGCUGUGGCUCCAAAUGAUAGUCUCCUUUGUAGUGGUUCAGAGGAUCGGACUGCUUGUAUAUGGAGACUUCCUGAUCUGGUAUCUUUGCAUGUGCUUAAAGGUCACAAAAGGGGAAUUUGGUCAGUUGAGUUUUCUCCUGUUGAUCAGUGUGUUAUGACAUCAUCUGGAGAUAAAACCAUAAAAAUAUGGGCCAUUUCUGAUGGUUCAUGCUUGAGAACAUUUGAAGGACAUAAUUCAAGUGUGUUGAGAGCUGCAUUCCUUACCCGUGGCACACAACUGAUUUCAUGUGGUGGUGAUGGGUUGGUCAAAUUGUGGACUGUUAAAGCAAGUGAAUGCAUUGCAACAUAUGACCAACAUGAAGGCAAGGUUUGGGCACUGGCUGUUGGCAAGAAGACAGAAAUGCUUGCAACUGGUGGUACUGAUGCCACUAUUAAUAUGUGGCAUGAUUGUACUGCUGCAGAUAAGGAGGAAGCUUUCCAUAAAGAAGAAGAAGCUAUUUUGAGAGGCCAAGAACUGGAGAAUGCUGUAACUGAUUCUGACUACACAAAGGCCAUUCAACUUGCAUUUGAACUUCGGAGACCACACAAACUUUUGGAUUUGUUUUCAGUAACGUUCAGGAGUGGAGGUGAUGGGGAUCCUAUAGGAAAGGCCAUUUCUGCUCUCGGGAAGGAUGAGCUCCGCGUGCUUCUUGAAUAUAUUCGGGAAUGGAAUACAAAGCCAAAGUUUUGCCACGUUGCACAAUUCAUCCUUAGCCGAUUUUUUAAAAUCUUCCCACCGGAGGAGAUCCUGGAGAUAAAAGGAAUCGGUGAACUCAUUGAAGGUAUUCUACCUUAUUCGAAAAGGCACUUCACCAGGAUGGACAGACAUGUGAGGAACACCUUCUUGUUGGACUAUACUCUUACUCAAAUGAAAGUCUUAGAACCCGAAACCAGUGUUUUCUCAUCGAAAACUCAUCCUAGAUUACACCAAGAAGAAGACGGACAUCCCCGAAAUGCAUCGCCUAAGGAAAAUGGGUCAACUAACAACUCACUUUCUGAUAACAACAUCAAAGUCCCGACGGCACUUGCAUCGGAGGUGAGUGAGCCGGCUUCCCUGAAGAAACGAAAAAGCAGCAAAUCAAAGAAGAAACAGAGAGAUGUGACUCUAAUUAGCGUAUAGCCGAUAAGUUCAAAUUUUACUUUGUUGUAGAAUUAAAGUUAUAUUUAUCUUGCGGAAAUGUAUAGUUGAGCAUUUGUUUCUUAGCAAAAAUUUUGUCUGUGUUGGGUUCUUAGGUUGUUCUCAGAUUUGAAUCUAGUGCAUGCUUAGUAUAUUGUUAGCAAUGUGCCAAAUCAUAUUUAAAGAAUAGCACUGAGUCAUUCUUUUUUAUAAACAAUGUUAUCAAACCCUGGUUUUAAGGUAUGAUAAGACACUGAUUGUGAUU